UCAGACACAUUCUCUUCUGGCCCUUUUCCGAUGUGAUGCAUGCUGGCACCUUGCACAACGUUUCCAAGGAUUUUUAAGCGUGGCACCUGAGAGAAGUGUUUUAAUUUGGGCUGCUCCAUCGGUCCUUGCCAUCUGCAUCAAAGACAGGUGUAGAAACAGCCCACCUUCAGCUAAGUGAAAUGGAACUUUUUUAUGUCCUGUUAGUGGUACUGCUGGUGGUUUUUACUGCCUCAUUCACAUUAGCAAUUAUAAGAACGCUUCAAGUGGACUUUCCCAACGUCCACAUCCCUCCUGGAGUGGAUCAACCUGGAAAGCUUCGUGUUAUCCAUGCACAUAUGGUUUUGACAUCUGCUGUGGGCAAGAUCUUGGAGAAGAUGGGAGUGUGCACAGAGAUCACCUUCACUCGCUACAUGCGCUCAGGGACGAAGCGGGGCCCGGAGCCGCAGCUGUGCCUGCAGGACAUGCGCUUUGACGGAGUGCCGGUGCGGCUCUACCUGCCCUGUGUGCCAUCUGCUGCCCUGAGGCCUGCCACCAUCUUCUUCCACGGCGGCGGUUGGAUUUACUGCAGCAUUGAUUCCCAUGACAACAUCUGCCGUUACAUCGCCAAAGAGAGCGGCUCCGUGGUUGUGUCUGUUGGGUAUCGUUUAGCUCCUGAGCACAAAUACCCUGCUGCGUAUGAAGACUGCCUUCAUGCUUCCAUACACUUCAUGAGGAAUGCAGAGCACUAUGGGGUGGAUCCUGCCCAGAUCAGUGUCUGUGGGGACAGUGCUGGGGGCAAUCUAGCUGCUGCUGUUAGCCAGACCCUGGCAGGCAGAGCAGACCUCCCCAGGCUGCGUGCUCAGAUCCUGAUCUACCCAGGCCUUCAGGCAGUGGACAUGGAUUUACCCUCCUACCAGCAAAAUCGGGGAGUCCCUCUCUUACUCCGAGAACGCGCUGCUUUCUUUGCUUUGCUGUACCUACAUGGGGAUGCAUCACACAAGCAAGAUGUCCUGAAGGGCUCUCAUGUUACUCCGGAAAUGAGACAGAAGUACAAAAAGUGGGUGAGCCCAAACAACAUCCCUGAGAGGUUUAAGGCAAGAGGAUACAACCCACAGAAAACUCAUGACUUCGCAGCCGAAAUUUGUAAGAAAUUUGAAAGAAUUUGUGAGCCCAACCUGUGCCCCCUGCUAGCUGAAGAUGCUGUAAUUCAGCAGCUGCCCGAGACCUUCAUCUUAACUUGUGAAUAUGAUGUGCUGAGGGAUGAUGGCUUGCUGUACAAGAAGAGGCUGGAGGACAACGGAGUCCCAGUGACCUGGUGCCACCUCGAGGAUGGGUUCCAUGCAAUAAUAAGCCUGUAUGAGUAUGGUGGGUUGUCGUUCCCAUCUGGGAAAAGGGGAUUGGACAGAGUUGUUCAAUUCAUAAAAGGCCUUUAGAAGAAGCUUUCCUUGGUUAUGUUUCAGCAUCUCAGAAAUUAGCAGAUGCUCCCAAAGCUUGGAUGGUAAUUGUCAGCAACAAAGUGAUACCCCUCUAUGUGUGCAAUAUCAGUUUUGAACUUGUAGAACUUCAAAUGCAAUAAUCUGAACUGUGAUCACUGUCAUUGUGAGACUGUUGACAGGUUAGCCUUUCCAGUGUUGCUUUUCAGUCCCUUUUCCAUCAAACCAGCACCUGAUUGAUUCCUUAGAUUUAAUUAAAUGAUGAUUUGCUUCCAUGUCAGCAUUGCCAAUGGAAUAAUUGGGAUUUAAUAAUUCCUGUGGAUUACAGUCAGGAUCUUUGUGAUGUUCAUUUGGCAAGCUUGCCUUUAUUUUAUUUAGAUAACAAGUGCAUGUCAUGUAUAUAGUGAAUGGAGGGAGAAGUUAGAAGGAAGCUG